CAAAAGGCUGCGUCUCAGAUCAAAUAAACUCCAAAAGCUUUCACUCUGCCUUAGAAUUGUCCAGAAAUUUAAAAUUGAAUCAUCCAUCUUCCUCUCCCAAGCAGAUACACAUGGUGAGAACGAAGAUUGCUCUACCUCAGAGAUGGACCGGAAAAAGUCCACCAAAGAAGAAGAAGAAGAUAUUCAAGAAGCCCUCCUGGACAAAGCUUUUCGCCAUGCCUAGCACAUCGUCAAGCACUCAUACACCCAUCAACGAAGAAAGGGAACAUGCACCCGAUGAACUCCCUACUGAAGAGGAUGUGCUGAAGAACCCCAUUCUUCAGUCAACAGAGGUUCCUCUCUUGAAAUACAUCCCAUCAACCCUACCAGACAACGAGAGUUCUCAGAACCCUACCCAAGAAUCAAAAAGGGGGAUGUCUAUGGAAGAUGAAGAAUCACUGAAGGGGGUGUUUGAGCCUGAGUUUAUGGGUGAAAUACUCGAAGAAGAACCCAUAAUUGCAUGUUCAAACGUUCCAUUUCAAGAUCCAGAUUCAAAAUGCAAAGGAAGAAAAGAGAGGAAGAAAAACCUAUCUGGUCCAAGCCGAUGGUCACUGCGGAAAAUGAAAGACUCACCAGUUCCUGAUGACAAGUCUGAAGAAGAAAGGAAGGAACAGAAGAAUGUGUCCACUACAAAGGCAAAGAAAAGGAAAGGACAUGAUGUUGCUACUACGCCUACCAAGAAGGCCAAACCAUCUGGAGAAGCACAGACAAGCGGAGCAAGAAAGACAAGAAGCUCCUCUACAUCAAAGGUUGCUGAACCUGCUACACUCUCAGGAAAGUCAUCUUUGCACAAUUUCAUCUCAAUUUCUGCUAGAUCUCAUUUCGCUGAUAUUGCGAAGAAAUUUAUCAUUCCUCAAAGGAACUUGGAUAUAAGUGAUUUUAAAAAGAAAACCAACCUCCUGCCUGUUCUUGAGUCCAACAACUUGUUAAAAUCUGUCACCUUGCCUGGAUCUUAUGUCAAGAAAGUGAUUCAAGAAUUUUUCUGCAACUUAUCUGAUGCUUGUAUGACCGAUGAUGACCCCUCAUUUCACAAAGUCUUUGUCAGAGGAAAAUUCUAUAAUUUUUCUCCAACUGUCAUCAACACACUUCUGGGUACAACCUCUUGUUCUGUGGUUUCCCCCAUUGAUGAAGACACCAUAUGGCAUGAUCUUACAAAUGGUAUGAGAAAUUCACAACAUGGAAAAUUGAAAGUUCCUUCCUCAGUACUCAAGAGUUCUUAUGCCCUCCUUCUCAAAAUAGCUUCUUAUCACUGGCUUCUAACUACUCACACAAACAUAGUGCCUCUCUGUAUGGCCACUCUCAUCUACAGGAUUAAGCAUUGUAAACCUUUUGACUUGGGUAAAUUAGUGUUUGAUCAGGUCAUGACCUUUGCAGCUACAAAAUUCAAGACAAAUCAAAAUGGCCUUCCAUAUCCCCUGCUAAUUUACAAUAUCCUGAAAAGUCAGGGAUUCACUAAAGAAGACUGUGAAGAAGAAGAACAGGUUCCACCUUUGCUGCAAGCAGAUAACAGACACUUUGAAGGCAAGCAUUUCAACGACAUGGUUACAGCUAGAGCAUCCCCUGCAGCAAUACCAAAUCCAGCCUCAGUAGACAACCAGCUCAGUUUUCUUGAUAAGGAGAUCAAAUCCCUCCAAAUGGAUGCAGAUUAUCAUCAUGAAAUUGCUCAAAGAUCCACUGAAAGGAUGAAUGUGCUCAUUCAGAUUGCACACACCCUGAGGCAAACAAGGCAUGCACAGAGUAAGGGGGAGAAACUGGCUAAACGAAAGAAUGCUGCUGCACAUUCAGACACAGAAGAAGAUAUACAAGAAGACAGUGCAGAAGAGAUCUCUUCAUCAGACUCAGCAGGGGCCUCUAAAGAACCAUCAGAAGAUGCUAGUUCAGAGGAGUAAACAUUGCCUUAUUGAUAAUACUUUUGCUCCAAAAAAUUUUUUUGAAGGGUUGUUCUGCCCUAUUUUUAUGAUGCUGAAGACAUUACAUGGUUUUUGUUAAAGACUUAUCUGUGCUCUGUGACAAGAUGGUUUAUUCUCUAUGUUCUCUAUGAAGCUCUGGUUAUGACUUAUUGUGGCUCUGAUUUUACCUGCAUGCAUUGUGAAGCAACGACAGCACACGAGCCUACCCCUUCUCAGGGGUACUUGGCUCUUUCUGGCAUGACUGAUGUAGGUACAGCUCUUUAGAAUUUUCUUUCCUAUACCCUUAAUGUAUUGACAGUGGUAGUUUUUCGGGUAGUAAACCUUCCCAGUAAAGGGUUAGUUUUCUC